GGGGCUGCACCAAGAACUCAGCCAUGACAACACGUCUCGUGUGAAGGAAUAUCGCAAUUCAAGUCUCCCGGAUCGCGCGCCUUCUUCGCGGGUCCCUACUGCCUCUUCUCCUACUCUCCUCUUUCAUCCCCACUCUCCCGCAAAUAUGGCCAGCUCUGUAGCCGCAUCUGCAACACCGCCACCCACCGGGCAUACCAAACAAUAUGUCUUCGUCGAUGAAUAUAAUCGACACAAAAGACUCAAGGUUAUGCGCGCCUGCGACGGCUGUCGCAAACGCAAGAUCCGUUGUGACGGCGCCCCGCAAAAUGGUCCCUGGCCGUGUGGGUCCUGUGUGCGACUGAAGCUGAAGUGCGUCCCGCCUACCCUGGAUCAAGACGAAGAGCCUCCAACGCCGGACAGCUUGACCAGCAAUCACCAAUUCUCCUUUCAAAACAUUACGUUCCCCGUCACGAGCCAUGCAUCGACGCCGAAAUCUCAACACAGCUUCCAUUCCGACCGUCCAGAUCUGGUGCAGGAAUGGGCAUCGGGCUUGCCGCCACCGAGAUCGAUGAACGUGCCUGGUCCGACAUCAAAUCCUCUUUCGCCCUUGGAGUUCGAUGCAGCAGCGUAUGUUUCGCAGGCAUACGCGCAGCAGGUUGCGCCGCACUCUGCUCCGGUAUUUUCCGAUGAUGAUUUCUACAACUCGCCGCCCCGUUCUUCCAAUUUCACGCAAGCACGCCAGGUGCCACCGUUGAUGCGAUCAGACACGGCGGUCUCCGUCAGCUCCGCCGGCGAUCCCCAGGAGAUUGACGCGGGCGUUCGCGAACUGACCGGUCACAUGGGCGAGUUCCGAAUAGACAUCACCUCCGAGGCGCCCUACAUUUCUUAUCAAAAGAAAGCACUUGCAGAUGCGCCGGCCGUCGAAGAAACCGAUGUGGAAUUGCCGGCUUCCGUGACGAGCGAUAGCACCGUGCGCAUACCUCCUGAAAUGAUGCCCUCUGACGAGCGGGCUCUGGACUAUUUCGGCUAUUACUUUGAAUAUGUACAUCCGUACAUCCCAGUCCUGGAUCGGGCUCAAUUUUAUCACCAAUGGCAGAACGAUCGAGAUGCUAUUUCCCCUCUGCUGUUGGAAGGUAUUUUUGCCUGCGUUGCUCGCUUCUUGGAAGAGCCAAUGGUCGCGAAGCGAUGGCUGGCUCUAGCAUCUCGUCAUGAAGAAAGCUUCAAAGAUGUCUCUCGUCUCAGCACACUCCAAGCCACCAUUCUCUUAACCAAAGCAAGGGAGUCAUUGUCAAAACGAGGAUAUUACUGGCGUUCCUGGAUGGCAGUCAAGUAUAUGUAUUCCAUGUCUGUGGAACUCGGACUCGAAGAUCAUUACGGUCUUCAUCGCACUGGAAACUCUUGUUCCCUCAGCCGGUCCGAUUGCUUGGUCCACACGCGUAUCUGGCAGUCACUUUUCGUUUUGGAAAUGCUAGUCGGCGCCCCGAUGGGCAGAAGCGACUUUGCCGUCGACCCGGAAACGGUGCAAUUGACCCUGCCAACAGCCAUGUCCAACGACGAUCGAUUUGAAUUUGAAAGUACACGACGAUGUACCUUCCUCGCCCAGGCGGUACAUCAGAUCAAGAUAUCAAACGCCUUGUUCCAGAAAAUGAAGCGUCUGAAAAAGGACUGGGCGCUCGAUGACGAAUUCGUAAGACACAAUGCCGACUUACCAGAGUGGCUUAAGAGUCUCCCGAUUGAUAUGCAGAUCCACUACUCUGAUGAUGGACGCGCCCCGUGGAUCGGAAGCGAUCAUUUCGUGGCAUAUCUCCACACAUACUUUCAUCUGGUGAUCAUCAUGCAUCAUCGGCCACAACUCCAGGCGAUGCUGGAGCGACGAGACCCUGCUUGGAAGAUUCACCUCGAAAUCUGCCUCAACUCCGCCAUGCUGAUGUGUCGAAUCCAAGAAGCGCUUCAUCGCGACUUUGGUUUCCACGGAUUGCAGUUCAUGCAGCGCGGUAUCAAUUUCACAAUCUAUUGUGUUCUGACAUGUACCAUGUUGCACCUCGCUGCAAUCACGUCUCCAGAUCCUGUUCUCAACAGUCAGGCCCGGCUCUAUUUCGCACGGCAUAUGCGUGUGGUAGAACAUUGUCUUCCAUAUUCCAGUCCUGAAAUGCAGGUUCAGAUCAACGCUUUACGUGAAGCUUUCAGUGCAGACACCUCACAGGCGUUCGAAUUGAAAGCGACCCUGGGCCUCCGCAGUCCUCCUCCCUCUGAAAGCCAUCCGACACCACCGAGCACCAACUCGGGUCCAACAGGGCUUCCAAUGUUCGCAACACCCAUCUGGUCUACCGGACAAGACUCAUCCAUCGCACGAGCCAUGACACCCACGAGCGAAUACGGCACCACCUUCGACGCUGUGCUAGGAGGCCACCAGCCCGUCACAAGCCAAGCACACACAACAGCCUACAACCUGACCAACUACGACCUCCCGCCGCGGACCACCUCCUACCCAGCAGCACAGGGCCUAUCUCUCGCCACGUCCUUCCCAGUGGCCACGCGGUACAAUCUCGACGACGUGAGCAGCAACGACGGCGCCUCCCCCGUCUGGGAUCCCUCGGGUAUCUUCGACUCCUGGAACACUGCCUUCGGCGGCGCACCCGCUCAGCCGUCGACUCCCCAAGUCUCGGACUACCGUCACAUGACACCCACCACGCCCUCCGUCAGCGGCGUCCCACAUUCGCCCACGGCGAUUUACAGUUCACAGCCUCCCAUCCCCUUGGAUAUCGGAAACGGGCCCCUCCCACCACAGCCGAACCUCCCGGUCGCCGUCGCCCCGGCCGUCACGCCCGUCAUGUGGCAGGACGCUUUCACUAGCGCCUUCGUCUCGGGCCACGGACAGAAGCGGUACCGUGAGGCCAGCGUGGGCGAUCAUUCCGCGGCGUUCAUGCCGCAGUACAACGCGGCGAGUAAACGUCGCGCGUGAGAGCGGGGUCUCCCACCCGUCGCCUUUUUCCCCCAUCGAUCUUUUCUGCUUGUCCCCACAGUUGGCUGCGGACAAUGACUUGGAAAUCAAAAGUUGGACUAAUUCCCAUUUCUUGCUUUUACGAGCCGGCGGGUUCCUUCUCGUGAAAGCUGGAAAAGAGAUCCUCGAUCUCUCAUAUAGAUCAGCGGAAACGAUAAUUUAACAAUCUCUUCUUUGCAUUGCACGUAUUGAUGAUUUCUACACGCUGCUGGUGAGCGGUGGUGACGACCUGUGGUAAGCUUGCGUUUGCUCUACAGCGCCCGUAAUUUGCAGGUUCACG